CUCCAGUCCGGACAAGCUGUACAUUCUUACUGGUUUACUAGUUAUUAGUGAGCUUAUUAACUGAACAUUUUGCUGUGUCUUAGUGAGUAGGACUUCGCAAUCAGAGCUCCGGAGGAAAAUACAAGGAAAAGAACAGGAUGACCAAGUCAAACACAUCAAAGGACGUGAAGAGUAUACUUGUGCGUAAAUUUGAGCCGGCAGACAAUCAACGGGUCCAGCUGAUCUUUUACGAAGGGCUUAUGGAGAUGGUACCAGACACUGCCUUCAGAGGUUUGAGACAUCACCCCGAGAGUCUCCUUCUCUAUACUGUCAUGACAGUUAUAUGCUUUAUCAUCACCAUGUGUUGGUGGGUGAUAGGACUCCUCCCUGCAAUUGUGCUGUGUGGGCGUUACUUCUGCAGCAGACAUGUGAUCAAUGGUUACCUGGAGCACGCAAUGAGAACAGACAUGGGAGACAUCGAGGGCUUUUACAUGAAAUCACCAGACUCCUGCAUGUGGGUAGCAGUGGUAGAAGGCAAAGUGGUGGGUAUCGUUGCAGCAGACGGUCAGCAUAAGUCAGGAGAUGCUGUCGAGUUGCGACGGAUGUCUGUUGACCAGCGCUAUCGGUGGUGUGGAGUCGGCAAGGCACUGGGACGAAAGGUUCUGGAAUUUGCUGUUGCUCAACGAUACUCCUCUGUCAUCCUGGGUACCACAGCAUACUCAGUUUCUGCCCACCUGCUCUACCAACGCCUGGGCUUCCGCUGUGUUUGGGUCACCAAUGGAUAUGUCACACCUGGGGCAAGAGCUUCCUUUCUGGAGCGAAUUUUCUACAGGGUCCGCCAUCAUCACUACAGACUUGAUGUACAAAAUAGCAGAAUCACUUCAAAUGGGCAACACUCACUUUUGUGAGUGCAGCUGCCUCAGUUAAAGAGAAAUUUUCAGCCUUGUUGCUUAUGUUCUCCAACCUAUGUGGAUAGUGGCAGACACUGACAAUACUGUACAUAGAGUUUACUUAUGUCUCCUGCUGACAAUCAACUAUGGUUUCUUUUAACCAUGAUUACAGUCUCUCCUAUCCAUGUAGUUUUAUUUACCUAAACUUAAUCUAAUCUUAAAUGUAGAAUUGGCAGAUCGAAAAGAUUCAUAUGAAAUGUUUUCUUUUUGUCAGACCUCUGACAAAUUAUG